GCCCGCCCGCGAGGAGAUCCGUGGCUCCGAGCUGAAGAGUUUCCACCAUCUGAGCCUCUGGAAGAUCUCAGCAGCGUGGAUCUUCUGACCAUGAUGGAAGAGCAAGAUUUGGCUAGCCUUGAAGCUGGAAGAAGCCUCGACGUCCUGGAGGUUGGAAAUGGGGCAGAAUUCUGGGGGAAGAAGGUGCAGAAGAUCCUGCGUGGGGUGCACGGCUGCUGGGCCGAGCAGCACAAACGGUUCAGAGAGUUUUGCUACCAAGAAGCGGAAGGUCCUCGGGAGGUCUGGAGCCGAAUUCAUGACCUUUGCCACAAGUGGCUGAAGCCCAAAAGGCACACGAAAGCUCAGAUCUUAGACCUGGUGAUCCUGGAGCAGUUCCUGAAAAUCCUGCCCCCAGAGAUGGGGAACUGGGUUCGAGAGUGUGGGCCAGAGACCAGCUCCGAGGCUGUGGCCUUGGCGGAAGGGUUCCUUCUAAGCGAGAUCGAGGGAGCACAAGCACAAGGGAUGCUGGCCAGACCUGCCUCUGAGUUUCCCGACACGGAGAAUUUAUCAGCCGACAUAAAUCCGAGGCCACGGUUUGAGAAAAUUGUGGAUGAUAAGGCCGCCUCUCUGGAAAAUGAAAUGGCCGUGGAUGGUGGGAUGGGAACUGCUUCUCUGCAGUCAGAUCAGGGCUUGGGGCCCGUUAACAAAGUGGCUACAGAGGAAAGGACUCCAUUAGAUCCAAACCAGAUGGACACAACAGAAGAGAAUUAUGGGACCUUGCCAUCUCUGGUGCCCCAAACUAAAUUCACCUCAUGGCAGGAAGUAACUGAGGACCCAUCUGUCAAGGAUUCUCAAGGAGAAGAAAGACCAGCAGAUGACGACAAAAGCAGUAAACAGGAUAAACAGAAAUUUGAAGAAAAGCAGAUAUGGGGAGAGAAACCUGUCCAUUUUGAAGAGGCUGACUUCUCUCAGAUUCCAAAAUUAGAAGAAUAUAAUGCAGAAAUGAAAAAUACGAGUAAUAGUAGAGAAAAGCCACUGAAAUCCCUUGAGUCUGGAGGUGGCUUAAGUGAGCAGGUAAGACUUACUAAGCCGCAGAGAACAGGAGAUAAAACCUAUAAAUGCUUAGAGUGCGGAAAGAACUUCACAAACCUUAAGUCACAUCAAAAGAUGCACACGGAUGAGAAGCCAUACAACUGUUCAGAGUGUGGGAAGAAUUUCCGGUACAGCAUGAAUCUGAAAACACAUCAGCGAAUUCACACGGGGGAGAAACCGUAUAAAUGUUCUGAAUGUGGAAUGACUUUCAGCUACAGCAUGAAUCUGAAAACACAUCAGCGAAUUCACACGGGGGAGAAACCAUAUAAAUGUUCUGAAUGUGGAAUGACUUUCAGCUACAGCAUGAAUCUUAAAUCGCAUCAAAAAAGCCACACUGGGGAGAAGCUGUACAAAUGUUUGGAAUGCGGGAAGAGUUUCACUCACAGCAUGAACCUGAAGACGCAUCAGAAAAUCCACACGGGAGAGAAACCCUAUAAGUGUUCAGAGUGUGGGAAGAAUUUUACUCACAGCAUGAAUCUGAAGACCCAUCAAAGAAUUCAUACCGGGGAGAAACCAUAUAAAUGUUCUGUCUGUGGAAGGACGUUCAGCUACAGCAUGAAUCUGAAAACACAUCAGCGAAUUCACACGGGAGAGAAACCAUAUAAAUGUUCUGAAUGUGGAAUGACUUUCAGCUACAGCAUGAAUCUCAAAUCACAUCAAAAAAGCCACGCUGAGGAGAAAUCAUACCACUGUUCGGACUGCGGCAAGAAUUUCAGUGACAGUGCAAACCUGAAGUCGCAUCAAAAAAUCCACAUGGGAGAGAAACCGUAUAAAUGUUCCGAGUGUGCAAAACAGUUCAGUAGCAGUUCAGACCUUAAACUGCAUCAGAGAGUUCAUGUAGGGAAAGAACUCUCUAAUGCUCCCAAGGAACGAGUUUUCAUGGAGGGGAGAAAUGCCUCAUUCUUCAAGAUGGCUGAAGGAGUCUCUCUCUGCGAUUCUCUUCCCAUGAAUGAAAGUUACUUUGCAGAUUCAGAAGAGCUUUUUGAUUUAGUUGGACAAACAGCAAGAACUCAGCAGGGCGUUCUGAAAGAAGAAACCACACAUUGUGUCCUCCAUCGUUGCCCUUUCAGGGAACUCUGCUGCCAGGAGGCUAAAGGACUCCGAGACGUGUGCAGCCAACUCCACCAUCUUUAUGAUCGGUGGCUGAGCCAAGAAGACCACGUGAAAGCUCAGAUAAUGGAUCUGGUGGCUCUGCCCCUGGGCACUCUGUCCCAGAUGGAGAACUGUGUCUGGAUAUGUGGAGCAGAGACCAGCUCCCAGGAAAUCGGUCUGGCUGAAAGCUUCCUCUUGAGCCAACUGGAACAGAAAAUGCAGCAAAAACGGCAGAUCGCCGUGUCCUUUGAAGAUGUAACUGUGUUUUUCUCUGAGGAGGAGUGGGCUCUGCUGGAUUUUGACCAAAAAUCCCUAUACAGAGAGGUCAUGCUGGAAAAUGCUAAGAAUGUGGAGUCCUUGAAGACAAUUUCAGUAGUCCACAUCUCACAUCCAGCUGCCAAUUUCAAACAUGAAAAAUGCAGGCUUUGGUUCUCCUCGCCUGACUGGAAGUCAUCAUCCACAAAUCCAAUUGACAGGCAGCAACCAGAGGAUUAUAAAGAAUCAGGAGUGAAUUCUUUGAAACAAACUGAAACUGGAGAAGGGCUAUUGCAGAAUCAGGAGAAGCCAAACAUGACUGAAAACCAGCUGAAUAAUAGGAUCAAGAAAUUCUCUAAUUUUCAGUAUGGAGAAAAUCGCACCUUCCAUACACAAUAUCACAAAGAAAGAGGGAACUGUUUAAAGCCUGAAAAAAUGUUCAUCCCUAAAUCAGAUGUCCAUGAAUAUAGCAGUAUCUGCACUAAAGAGAAGCAGCUUGAGUGCAAGGAACAUGGAAAAAAUAAUAAUUUAAAUAUCAAUCUUACUUUGCAUGAAAGCAUUGAGAUACCAGAAUCACAUAAAUGUUCAGACAGUAGGAAAAGCUUUAAUGGGAGCACUACUUUUAACACCCAGAAAACAAUUCAUAGAGUGGAGAAGUCAUAUAAAAGCAGAGAACGCAGAACAAGUUUCUAUGCAACCAAUGAUCAUAUAUUACACAAAAAGUCCUACCCAGGAAAGAAAAUUUAUAAAUGCGUGUAUUGUGGAAAGCGGUUCUGUACAAGUAUUGAUCUUACUUCCCAUAAAAGUAUCCACACAGAGGAUAAGCCACUUAGAUGCACAGGCUGUGGAAAGAACCUCACCAGAAGUAGCUCCCUUACUGCACAUACAAGGAUCCACAUACGGGAUAAGCAACAAAAGUGCAUGGAAUGCGGAAAGAAUUUCAGCCAGAGUGCUUCGCCUAAUUCCCAUGAACUGAUCCAUACACGGAUGAAACCGUAUCAAUGCUUGACAUGUAGAAAGCGAUUUUGUACAAGCAGGGAUCUCGUUUCUCAUAAGAGGAUCCACACAAGGGAGAAACCAUUUAAAUGCAAGAAGUGUGGGAAACACUUUACAAUGAGGCGUGGUCUGAUUUCCCAUGAAAGGAUUCACACAAGGGAGAAAGCAUAUAAAUGCGUGGACUGUGGAAAAACCUGUGUGAGUAGAAGUGAUCUUACUUCCCAUAGGAGGAUCCACACGGGGGAAAAACCGUAUCAAUGCACAGAGUGUGGAAAAAGCUUCAGUUGGAGCAGUAACCUUACCUCCCAUAAAAGAAUCCACACAGGGGAAAAGCCGUAUCAAUGCAUGGAGUGCACAAAGAGCUUCAGAGACAUGAGUUCCUUUACGUCCCAUAAAAGGUUCCAUACAGGGGAGAAGCCCUACAAGUGUACGGAGUGUGGAAAGAGCUUUACUCAAAACAGUCAACUUACUUCCCAUAAAAGGGUCCACACAGGGGAGAAACCGUAUAAAUGUACAGACUGUGGAAAGAGCUUCACCACAAGUGGUUCUCUUACUGCCCAUAAACGGAAUCACACAGGAGAGAAACCGUUCAAGUGCAUGGAAUGCGGGAAGAGUUUCAGCCAAAGUACUUCCCUUACUUCUCAUGAAAAGAUCCAUACAGGGAUGAAACCAUUCCAAUGCUUGCAGUGUGAAAAGAGAUUCGGUACAAGCAGCGAUCUCGUUUCCCAUAAAAGGAUCCACACAGGGGAGAAACCGUUUAAAUGUAUGGACUGUGGGAAAAGCUUUACAAUGAGACGUGGUCUUACUUCCCACGAGAGGAUCCAUACAGGGGAGAAACCAUACCAAUGCCCAGAGUGUGAAAAGUGCUUUAUAAGUAGGAGUGAUCUUACUUCCCAUAAAAGGAUCCACACGGGGGAGAAGCCGUAUCAAUGCCUGGAGUGUGGAAAAAGCUUCAGUUGGAGCAGCAACCUUACUUCACACAAAAGGAUUCACACAGGGGAGAAACCAUAUAAGUGCAUGCAGUGUGGAAAGAGUUUCAGUCAGAGCACGUCCCUUACUUCCCAUGAAAGGGUCCAUACAGGAAUGAAACCAUUUCAAUGCAUGGAGUGUGGAAAGGGAUUCAGUACAAGCAGUGAACUCAUUUCCCAUAAAAGGAUUCACACAGGAGAAAAGCCUUACCAGUGUGUGGACUGUGGAAGGAGCUUUAGAGACUUGAGUUCUUUUACUUCUCAUAAAAGGUUUCACACUGGAGAGAAGCCCUAUAAAUGCAUGGAAUGUGGAAAGAGCUUUACUCAAAGCAGUCAGUUUACCUGCCAUAAAAGGAUCCACACAGGGGAGAAGCCGUACAAAUGCACAGACUGUGGAAAGAGCUUCACCACCAGCGGUUCCCUCACUGCCCAUAAAAGGAUCCACACGGGGGAGAAACCAUAUAAGUGCACGGAAUGCGGGAAGAGUUUCAGCCAAAGUGCUUCCCUUAGUUCCCAUGAAAGGAUCCAUACUGGGAUGAAACCGUAUCAGUGCAUGGAUUGUGGAAAGACCUUCAGUCAAAGCAGUCACCUUAGUUCUCAUAAGAAGAUCCACUCGGGGGAGAAGCUGUAUAAGUGCACAGAGUGUGAAAAGUGCUUUCAUACAAGCAGUUCCCUGAUAUCACAUAAAAGGAUCCAUUCUGGCGAGAAACCGUAUCAUUGCAUGGACUGUGGAAAAAGUUUCAUUACAAGCAGUUCCCUUAAUUCACAUAGGAGGAUCCACACGGGAGAGAAACCAUAUCAAUGUCAGGAGUGUGGAAAGAGUUUCAGUCACAAUACUUCCCUCUCUUUUCAUAAAAGGAUCCACACAAGAGAGACCCCACCUGUCAGCAUAUAAUAUGGAAGAAGCUGCAUUGAGAAGAGUGAACUUCUGAUAAAAGAAGCCACAAAGAGGAGUGGCCAUACAGAUGUACGCAGUGUGGAAAGGACGUAAUGUUCCAUUUCUGAUCACAGUGUCAAAAUAGAAAUGGAAUGGAUUAUGCUUAAAUGUUAGUAAAGGAAGGAGAAGAGAAAGGGUAACACAUAGAUGAGACAAUUAUAGGAAAAUUUUUGAAGAGCUUCAAUUUACUACAAUGAGACCAAGAUUAUGUGAUAGGUACAUUUAUAGAUGAAUUUAUGGGGUCUCACUAAACAAAUUCCUGAAAUAUAAUCCCAUUGCAUCAAGAUACUCAGUAUGCCCAAUUUUUUAUUAAACAGAUUUUUAUUAGGAGAGUUGUUUAUCUGAAAUUUAACUGUUUCUCUAAGGCCUACAGUAGAGAUCUCUCUCUUUUCUUCUUCUAUCCAGGUGGAUAAAUAUCCACUUAUCUCUUCUUCAGAUACCUCCAGUCCUAUUAGUUUCUAUAUUCCCCGCUCCUCCUUUUCCAGUAAAACUACUUGUCAACAAUUUCUCAUAUUUUUGUUGUUCCCUUUCGAAACUGGAAAGAGCAUGUUUGAGUGUGAGAGAUAAUGGUUGGUGCUUGUAAACAAGAGCCAGUCUGCUUCCUUAUUUUAAUGGCAAUGACAUUUUAUUAAAUCUGAUUUACAUUAUUUUAUUCUUGACCUGUUUCUUUUUGAAGCAUGAUUUUGGCAGUCAUGCUGAUAUGUGGCUGAUAUGACAUUUAUUGACAGGGCAGAAAUAACUCAUAAUUGGAUAACUAAGAGACUUUACUUCAGUUAACUACUUAAUAUCCCAAAACCAUUGGGAAAAAAAUGCCAUACUUUGGCCAAGCUUGUAGAUGAUACUGAAAUAUUGAAAAUAGGGAAAAGUAUAAAGUGUGAAGAAUUUGAGAGGAAUCUCUUUAAAUAGACAGAACAGCCAAUUCAGUGGACAAUGUAGUUCUCUUGCAGAACGUUGAAUGUGAUGUGUAUUUGGGCAUAAUUUCUUAAUUUGACAUAGAUGUUGUUGAAUAUUGCGCUGUAAUUAAACAAGGAUUAGGUUACAACGGAGACCCCAGUGAAGCUAUUGACUCAGUAUGUGGCAGAUAAGAAAACAAACAAACCUCCCAUUAGGGAUCUGUAGGAAAAGAACGGAAGUAAAACAGCUGCAACUGUUAUUCCCUUCUACAGUAUAUGAAUAUUGUGUAUAGUUCUGAUUGCCCCAUUUGAAAAAUGAUAUAAAGGAGAUGGAGAAAGUUCAAAAGCAGCCAUCCAAAUGAUUAGUGACUUGAUUAUGUUUGUGUUUGGCGCCCUCAAGCAAAACCUAACAAAAUUAAGCACCCAGGUACUGUAGAGAAGGUGUGGCAGAACUCGUGGAUGGAGUUAAAAGAGGACUACCAUACUUUCCGGCGUAUAAGACGACUUUCAAAAGCGUUGAAAUUGGCGCCGAAGUCAGGAGUCGUCUUAUAUGCUGGAAAUAACAGUAGUUUCUGGCGUAUAAGACGACUUUCUAGGCAUGCAACUCGGCGCCGAAGGGGGGUCAUCUUAUACGCCGGGUCGCCUUAUACACUGGAAAAUACAGUAAGCCUAGAAUUCCUAUGUAGCCCCAAGUGGACUAAGUCCAGCCCUUGAAUUCUACUGCCCAUUAUCUAACUACAAACAGGUACUAAGCGCUAGUUGGCUAUUAAUCUUCUCAGUUAACAGUUAGCAUCAACUUGUAGUUAGAUAAGGGACAAGCAAAUUCAAGGGAUUUGGACUUAGUCCCCUUGUGGCUAUCUAGGAAUUCUAGGCUGAUUCCUCUUUUAACUCCACUCCCAUAUUCUGCCACUCCUUGUACAGGUGCAAAACUUUAGGUUCCAGGGAUCAUCCAAUUAAAGUUUAAUAGGAGGAGAUUUAGAAUAGACAGAAAAAUGUUUUUUUCACCUUGUCCAUUAUUAACCGUAACUCUGCUAAGAAAACUGCAUGUAUUCAGUCUCCAAGAUUUAAAUUCCACUCAAUAGUAUUUAUCUCUAGCAAUGGUUUGGAUUUGCCUAUAUUCAUAUGUAUAUGUGUAUUAUUUUAUAUAUAUUAUUUUUCACAAUGUUAGCUAUGCAGAGUCACGCAUGUAAGAUAGAUGGCCAUAGAACUCCAUUAAAGAAAAAUAAAUGUACUGAU